CUUACACCCUCAAGCUCUUCCUCGAUCGAAGAGCCUCUCAUGGCACGUUAAGUGGGUGGCUUUGUCAUUUGUGCUUUCGAGCGCCGGGUUUGCGCUUUUCCAUGUGGCCCAAUGGCGGGAUCGCUCAAGCGCCACAGAGCCGACACACCCCGGCCAGCAACCUGCCUCGAGCGCUGCUGCUCCAGGCAUCCAGGCCCAAGGCACUGCCGAUGCCCACGCUGCCUGCGGCGCUUUCUGCGGCGCUGCCUGCGGCGCCGACGAUGCCCACGAUGCCCAGUCUGGAGUUGCCCAGCGACCGCACGGAGCGGCUGCCGCCCAACAUGGCCAUGCCGAAACCAGCCUUGCCCAGCGUGAUCCCCAGCAUCCCGGGCAUCCCGGUGCCUGGCCUCGGAAGAGCCGGUUCGGGGGGUCCAGUGCCGGCUGGGCUGGUGAACCCCAAGACGACGGGGCCACGGCCAGCUGGGGCACUGGAAGAGAAGGACAAGAAAAUGGAGAAGGAGGAUUUGCCAACUUCCUCUGAAGUGAAAGUCUCGGAGAAGGAGGGCGACAAGACUUUAAGCCUGGAUGAGAUGGUGAAGAAGGUCGGUGAGAAGGUGAACAAGGCUGGUGGCCUACAGGCCAUCGGCUAUGGCGCCAGGGCAGGGAAGCCAUAUGUGCGUGGCCGCCCAGAUGAUGUCGUGGCCAACGAGUACCGGAAAAGCCCGUAUGGCCCGAUCAGGGGCAACGACAAGAAGGAUGAUGCUGCUCCACAGAGCCCGACGGAAGCGGGGCGAUAUAGCGGCGGCAUGGGAAGCAUGGGUCAGCUUUACUGAGCCGAGGAAGAUGAUGCAGUUGUACUCAAG